CACAUUACAAGCCUUUACAAAUUCCGCAAGUGGUAGAACUCAAAUUCUUCAGGCUGACACAUUAAUGUUUGAACGCUUAGUUCCCUGUAGCCAAAGACGCACAACGUCAAAAAAAAAAAAAAAGAGUCGCGAAUAUCUAUGGGUUCAUGGGAAGGAACGACUAUAUUCUUAGAUUUGCAUAACAUGGCGACGUACUUUGCUACAGAUGGGAACCGUCUGCUGUUGCUUGAGUAACUGCUUAUUUAUAAACUGGAUAUCAGCGGAGGAAUCAUGGCCACCGUUGACAUAAAUGCAGAGAGGGAAAAGAUCAAAAGAGAAAUUGAAGUGUUGGAAAAGAGUUUACGUCCAGGUGGUACCAAUGUGGAGAUCACCAUAUCUGACACUGAGGCAGAUAUUUCUGGAGAAGGUACUGAAGAUGACGAAUCAGAUGAACAGCUACAAAGUCGUACGGAGGCGGAAGAAGGUGAAGGUGAGGAUGAAGAUGGGCAAGAACUUAAUUUUACUGAUGAUCCGGAAACAUGCCUGCAGAUGAAUUUGGUAUAUCAAGAAGUCAUUCAAGAGAAACUGCAUGAGCUCAUUAAUUUGUUGACCCAAAAUAAAGAACAGCAGGAAGAGCUGAUGUGGGAGCUUGCAGGACAGAGGAACUCAAAACCGCAAAAAGAUAAAAGCUGCCCAGCAAAUGUGUAUGUGGGUCAUUUUCUGAAGCCAUAUUUUAAAGACAAAGCAACAGGAUUGGGCCCACCUGCCAAUGAAGAAACUAGAGACAAGAUGGCACAAGGCAUUAAAUCGUUUGAGGAGCUCGUGGUGAUAAAAUGGAAGGCUCGAGAAAAGGUAAAACUGAAACAGGCACUGAUAAGUAGCAGCUUACAGCGUUUGUUACAGCCAAAGUUGUUAAGGCUUGGUUACUUACAUCAGAAGUUAAGCAAAUGCAAGGAUGAAACAGAAGUGCAACUUUUAGAAAAACAGAUUCGUGAGAACGAUCAAGAAGUUGAGGAGAUCAACCAUCUUCCAGCAGAUGAUUUGCUUGGAGACAGAUUUUAUGAGCACGACUGGGACAAGGUCGCUAAUAUUGAUUUUGAAGGUGCACGCACACCCAAGGAAAUUAAGAAGUUAUGGCAACAGUUUGAACAUCCCAGUAUAAACAAGGAUUCUUGGAGUGAAGAAGAAAUAGAAAAGCUGAAAGAUAUUGCUGCUGAACAUAAUUUCGUAAACUGGGAAUCCAUAGCUCAUCAACUUGGGACGAAUCGAACAGCAUUUAUGUGCCUACAAAAAUUCCAGGCUUUUAACAGGGAGCUCAGGAGAAAAGAGUGGACGAAGGAAGAGGACAAAUUGCUGAAAGAGCUGGUGGAGACGAUGAGGAUAGGAAGACAUAUUCCAUAUCGGAGAAUUGCAUAUUACAUGGAAGGGAGAGAUUCUGCUCAAAUUCUUACCCGAUGGACACAGAGUCUGGAUCCCUCACUAAAAAGAGGACCUUGGUCACCCAAAGAAGAUGAAAUGCUGUUAAAAGCUGUAGCCAAGUAUGGUGUUGGUGACUGGUACAAAAUUCGUAAGGAAGUCCCUGGGAGAAGUGAUGCUCAGUGCAGAGAGAGGUACUUGAGAGGCUUAGAUGAGAGCUUAAAAAAAGGUAAAUGGAGCGAAGAAGAGGAAAAGAUGCUGUUACAGUCGAUUGAGAAGUAUGGAGUAGGUCAUUGGAGCAGAAUAGCUUCAGAACUACCCCACAGGACAGGAUCCCAGUGCCUUAGCAAGUGGAAAAUCAUGAUUGGGCUAAAGAGAAGAACAGGACCAAGGAAUAAAUCAAAACCUAGGAGACUCCUGAAGAGAAACAUAGAUUCUGAGUCAUCUAGCAGCUUGAGUAGCACUGAAUCUGAAGAAUCAGAAAUGACCUUCUCAAGUAGCUCAGAGGAAAAGGAGGAGGAGGAGGAGUUAUUGGAGGAGUUAGAGGAGGAAGAGGAGGAGGAGCCAUCUCCAAAGAAGAAGUUAAGGGAUUCUAGCUAUACCAUACCUCAUAUAGAUUUAUGGAUUCCAACAGAAGAAAUAAUUGGUUUUCGAAAAACGCCUACAACAUGCUUUGGUGCUAAAAAUCAUAGUCUAUCAGUAAAGUAUUCAGAAGAAAAUAUUCGUCAUUUGGUCCAGAAGGAACCUAAACAGCUUAAAACUGCAUCUGCUUCUCCAAACAGUGCAACACCCAGAACAUUUCCAUCUGACAUUAAUACUGUGUUACGUGGUGUUGGAUAUCCUCCCAAUACUGACAUUUGCACAUCUGACCCUACUUUGCUACUGUGGGAGGCUUACAGAAGUGGAAAAUACGUGAUAGCACUUAGUAUGUUGGAGGUAAGGAGAAUAAUAAGAUGUAAUACCUCGCAUCGUCUUUCAAAAAUUAGGGAACAGAUUAAGAAGACCCAAGCUUCCAGGUCUACUUUGCCUUCUGAGAUCAGACCUGCAGAAUCUGUGAACAAGGAGCAAGUACAAGAAAGGUCUAAACCAAAGUGUUUAAUAAAGAUGCGCCGAAAUCUGUUGUCACCAUAUGCAUCUGAGGAAUUUCUAAACCGAAAGUUGUUGUUAGCAGUAGUCCCUUGGGUAGGAAAUGUCUUUCUGCCUUGCACAGUGGCUGGUAGACGAACUUCAGUAGAAGCUAAUAAUGUUAGAAGACAGUUUGAAACAAUCGGUUUAACAAGUACUCCAGUCUUCACUCUACUUAUUCAGUUUUUUCAGAUAGACACGGAUGGUUGCAUGAAAGUCAUUCAAGAGAGAAAAAUAAGCCAGUUGGAAAAUGCCAGAAAUGUUACAGCUCCUUUACCGGUCACCUAUGGCUCUUCAGGUUUGGGUCCUCAGCUUUAUUUUCAGAGUAUUAUUGCAGCAGAACAAUGCACAAGUCAGAACAGCAACAUGAAAGACAAUAUGCCUAAUUUGGGAAGUGAAAAUUUAAAUUGUUUUACUUCAUUAACUUUUCCUCCUCUGUUAAUGCAGCCUCAGCCACCAAUAUAUGGACAGAAGCCAAAAUUAAAAACUGUGUCAGAAUUGCUCAAGGAGAUGAGGAUGAGAGAAGCAAGAACAAAAGAGCAGCUUAAGAAUGCUGUUUAUCCUGCUCCAGAAAUGGUGGUUGCUAGACCUGUUGUUGUCCAGCAGCCACUGCAUCAUUCAGCUCCCUCAGCACAAAGUCUUCCUGCUCAGCAAACUCAGGUUGCUUCUCAUGUUCCAUCUGCUGCAGUACCUAGUACUGCAUCUGUGCCAGUAUCAAUUCCUGCUGUAACAGUAGCCACAGUGCCUGAGACGAGUUCUUCAGGCACACAGGGAAGCCGUGUAUCAGAGACUACAACAGGAUCAGGUAAUGAGGCACUGAAACAUGAAAAUGCUUCUGCAAGCUCUUCUAGUCAGAAUGAAGAACAGAGAAUUACAAACAGAGCAUCUGUAAUUGUACCAACUCACUGUGAUAAUCCUGUGCAGUUUCAGCUUAGUAAGGAUCAUCCUCAGAUGUUUUCUUCUCAAAAUCUUACUCAUCCUGGAAGUAACACAUGCAAGACCCAAGGCAUUCUAGCAUUGCCACCCUUUUCUCAUCCUGUACAGCAGAAUGUAUCCCAGCAGAAAGCAUCACCUAAAGUACUGUACCAAGGAGUUCCUCCAUUAGUUGCAAAUAAAAUUCUGCCUCUGAAGUGGGUUGUAAUGCCUCAGUGCAUACCUGCUUUACCUGUACAGACAGUAGGGCUGAGAAAUCAGAACAUUGUUCAACAGAACUCUACAGCAAGUCAUACUACUAGAAGCUGUGAUACACAGUCAGUUGUUAAUUCUUCUGUAACAUUACCUGUAGCACAGACUCUUCCUCAACCACAGAUUGGUAUAGCUAAUAGUGUUACUUUACCUGCAGUUGGAAAGACAGCAUGUUUAAAGGAAACACCAUCUUUAAUCCAACUAGAUUCAGGUAUGGCUUGUGCAAGCAGUUCACUCAAAACAACUAUAUUGCCAAGUAUAGUGAACACAGACAAUGCAAGAGCUACAAAUAAUUCAAUUUCUAUUGUUGGGCUCUCAAACAAAGUGUCAGAAAAACUAAGUGAAAAUGAUGAAGAGGUUUCGUCUGCUGAAUUGCUACGGAAAGAUUCCUCAGUUCGUGUUCAAGGAAUGAAUUCUGGCGUAUCUAUUUACCCUGCUAGCCAGUCCAGUAUAAUUUAUUUAACUGCACCUAAUGCAACCAGUUUAACACCCUCUGUCCAAAAUGCUACACAUCUAGGACACUUGGGUCAACAGGUUAUUCAAAUGACAGUCCCCAGCAAUGUAGUAUCCAUAGCUAAACAAAUUUCACAGCCUGUUAUACAAACUUCGGUUGAACCAGCUGGUUCCAGCAGUUCAACUCCUACUGUGACUGCACAGCCUAAAGCUUCGACUGCUCAACCAGAUAAAAACUUGCUUGAUCUGAGUCUUAUGUUUCUUGAAGAACAACCAGUAAUUAAAGAGUGGCUCAAAGGAAAGGAAGGUGUACAGUUACCCAUGGUAAUAAACUCUAUGCCUUAUUUACCACCUUCUGUUUGCAGUCUGAAGAUCUUAGCCAGGUUACUUCUGCAGAAAAAAUCACUGGAGGAAAAUUUCUCUGAGCUUAGUAUUUUUAAAAUGAAUGAAGGCAGAAGCUCAGAUAAACCAACAGACCUUGUUAGGGAUUUAGUACAACAGAAGCUGAAAGACAAUCCUGCUUACCUUCUUCUGAAGCAACGGUUCUUGUCUGCAUUCACUUUCCCAGCAUUCCUUUCAAUAUUUGCUCCUUCAAGAGUUAAUACAACUGUUUCAAGGUCCUCUGAUAGGCUUGCUUCUUUGGAAGACUCUGAGGAUGAAGAUUAUGAUUAUGAUGAAAUACUACAGACUUACAGAAGACUUUCAAUGUCAAAAUAUGACCGUGACCAUGGGGAUGAGCAUUUGCAAAAUGGAGAUAUCAUGUCAACAGACAAUAAUGCAUCAGUGCAGCAGUCGCAGCCUGCAGAGCAUUUUCCUGAAUUUAGAAAGGAAAUGCAGGAUGGCGAUGGCACUGACACUGAUGCGUCUUCUGGGCAGAAUGCAAGCAGUCUGACUACUGGCUUCAUAAAAGCUAGGAGUAUGCGUCUAAGAAAACGAGUCCGCAAAUUUUGAAAAUUUAGUAUCCUUUAUGAUGAUAAUCCAUGCACUUCAGUGUCUUUAUAUAUAAAAUAUGUAUGAAAGAAAAGUUUAGCGCUAUUGUAAAUAAAUAUCCAUUGCCUUUCAGUAUUUGUAAAUUGAAGUGUGUGUAAUAUUUUAGCCUGUAUUUUAAGCAGGUUUGCAUCUUUUGUUUUCAUUUAUGCAAAAUGUGUUAUAUAUUUUGCCUGGUAAAAUAUUUUCACUUGUAUAGAGAUUGCUGUUUAAUGCUUAUAACAGUGUAGAUGUUCCUCUUGUUUCACUGUUGCAGUCGUCACAUUUGGGUUAUCUGCCUGCAGGUAGCCCUCAG